UUCUCUCAAGAUGCAGAAUAUACUAUUCCACAAACCAUAUAAUAUACACAAGCUUUAGAUCGUCAUUUACUUUUGCUCUAAUCAGUUCUGCUAGGCUAAACUUUCGAACAGAAAAUGGGUGUAUUCCCUGGAUUUGGUAGCUGGAUCAAUCAGAACAGUCAACAGCCUCUUAAGGCCGAGUCCAAGAGAUCUGAAAAUGGCGAAUCUAAGUCGGCGUCAGAGAAAGACACUAAUAAUGCUCCUGCUAAGAAGAAGGAGGAGGUGGUAUAUUAUGAUGAAAAAGAGGACACGAGACAAGAAGGACUUUGGCAUGAAGCAGAGAAGAAGCAUCCAUGGCAUAAUCCACCUCCCAAGAUCAAGGUGACAAAUAAGAAGGGUCUUUACCAUAUGAACAUAGAAUUGACCGUGGGAACGACUCCUAAUAUUGUCUACUACGUGUUGACUGAAAGCAAUCCGUUUUUCGAUAGGAAGAAGUGGCGCCACCUAAUGAAAAACACAUCAAGAAAGGUUUUGAAGGAGAAUGGUCCGAGGCGGAUCGUCAUGGUAGAGAAAGCUGUGGCUUAUGACUUCCUUUCGCUGACGACUAUAUCUAUCCCGAUACACCUUACUAUGGAAGAAAACAGAAAAGAUCUUACGACAAAAUAUAAGAAAGAGAAAGUAUUGUUCAUGAAAGAGUUCCACGGCAACUAUAAAGUGGAGCCUAUAUAUGUAGAUCAAGAACGGUUGUGCAAAAAGAGGCUACCAAAGAGUCCAGAAGAAUAUAAAAAAUGUAGCGGUGGCCAAGGAAGGAUUGGGUCAAAAUUAACAAUAAACCAUUACUUCCAACCAUAUCCUCCAUUUAGUCUACCUCCGCUUUCUUGGUUCAUCCGUGGGAUCACCAUCAAAACCUCCAAAAAAUUGCUCAACUUGCUUCAGGACAUGGCUUUUUCUUUACGACAAGCAGGGCCACCCUCAGAAUAAGCCAUCAAAGCGAGAGGAAACGAUGUUGUUGAACUACAUAAUUUUUAGAAAAUCAGAAGAUUAUUAGUAAACAUAUAUACAAAAACUGUUUAUCGCGUAUGAUUAUUUUGGUAUCGACUACCGCAGCUGAAAAUUGUUUUUUUUUUAUAAGUUGAAACUACUAAAAGUUAUUUGUGUUUUUAACAUAUCAUAAGAAAGAUUAGAUGGACUGGAUUUGUUAUCAAUUGAUGGUUCAAAUAUUUAAUUGCACUCGAAUGAUCAUGCAAGAAAAAGAAUACAAAAAAACUAUAUUUUACUGUUUUAAAUUUAGAUUUUUUUGUAAACAGUUGAUGAGAUUCGAUAAUUUUAUGAAAAAUUAUUUUUUUUUCUAUUUUUAUUGUUAAUAAUUUUAUAUAAAUAUAUAUAUAACAACAGUUUUUAAAUUGGUUUAGCCGUUUAAGCAAUGUAAAAUGUUAGACGAUACUUACGAAGGGCUACGCAAUAUACCUAGGGAAGACAUAAAGACACAAACAUGGAAAACACUAGCUUUUGUUCAAGGAACAUACGCAAAUACAUGUUUGAAAAACGAUAUAUUCUUAUACAAAUAUAAGAAUACAAACAAUGUAGUGGUAAUACUGGAGGAAACAAUUGAAAGAACAAAUACAUGAUUAAUUUAAAAGGCCCACCAAAGAAUUAUCAACAUUAUUUAGAGCAUGAUUAUCGGGAUUGCUUAACUGGGUUGCUUAAAUUAAUUUUGAUUUAAAAAAAAAAUUGCAUUUUAAAUGAAGCAGCUUUGCUUAAUUAGGAAGAAGUAGAAGAACCAGCGCUUAUGAAACACGCGUCAGACACAGAAAUAUCCUCCUCUCUCUCAUCUCUAUCUCUCUCCCGUGAAAUCAGAUGGCUUUGAUUCCAAAACGUGUGAUUGAUCUCGAACGGGAGAUUUGAUCUGAUACACUCCAUGUUUAGAACAACAAGGAGUCUUUUGGAAUCACUCCAACAUCUUCACUUGUAAUCUCCUCGUGAAAGCUUUGUGUAAGAAGAACGAUGUGGAGAGUGCCUACAAGAUGCUCGACGAAAUUCCCGAGAUGGGUCUGGUGCCAAAUCUGGUGACGUACACGACUAUUCUUCUUUAAGGUUGUAGCUUUGUUGGUUCUUGUUUUCUUUAAGGUUGUAGUUUGUACUUAUCUUCUUGGUUUUAAAAGGAAUGUUAUAUGUUCUUGUUAUGGUUCUGCGCAUAUGCCUGUGUCUUAUGCUUAUUUCUUUUGGGAUCAAUUAUGCUUGUGUCUAUGUCUAUUCUGUAUCUUCUUCUUAUGUUUAUAUAAUAUUCACUCUCCACUUGUAGCAACA